GGUUUGCUAUUUUUAUCAUAUUUUGUUAACCGGAAACAGCAUGGAUCAAGAGAAAAUCUCAUCGUUUGUCAAGAAAAUUAAAACCAAAACUAAAUUAAUUUUGAAGGAUUUAAAAAACGCCAACUUAAUUAUAGAUUUAUUAGCAUGUGCACAGGAGGAAAAUAAAUUAAUUCUAUGUGCUUCUUGCCAAGCACUGGGAACUGUGUUUUUACAUUAUGUCUCAGCCAAGCCUUUUCUCAAGGGAGAUAAAACUGCAGUCUCUGCAGAAGAUGCCAAUAAAGAAGAUCAGGUCUCAUCCUGGUUGAAAGAUCAGUUUACUGCAACAUGUGAUGUUUUGUGUGAUUUUCUAUCCCAUGAAUCACUGGAAGUUAAGAAGAUCUCUUUGAAAGUAAUUUCAUCCUUGCUGCAGACCAAUGAAGUAAACAGUUCUCAGAAUGUUGUGGGCACAUUGAUAGAGGGUAUUAUUGGUCAGCUAAUAAAGUCAGACAUAGACCAAACAGACAUUAUAGGCGAGGUUCCAGUGCUGUGGAAUGCAGCAGAUAAAAGCUCUGCUCUCAUUUCAUUGUGUUUGGUACACAUAAGAAAACAAAUGAAAUCUGUUGUACAGCCUGCUUCAGAUAUUUUUCAGAGGAAUUGCUGGAAAUUAAUCAAACAAAUAGCGUCUCAGGAUUUGGAUGACAAGUGCAGACGUCAACUGACAAGUGUUAUUUGUGAUUUUCUAAAGCAAAAGAUGUCAGCUAAUUUGUAUAAAGAUAUACUGACUGGAAUAUCUGUUGUUAUGGAAAAAAUGUCUUCCCCAUUGAGGCUUACUGACUUUCUCUCAGAGUCUUUCAACAUAGGUGGUGCCAUCAGUUUGAUGAGUCUACAUGGGCUGUUUAUUCUCAUGCACAAAUACAACUUAGAUUACCCAGAUUUUUAUGCCAAGCUCUACUCAAUGUUUAGACCUCAGAUUUUUAGUGCCAAAUAUAGGGCAAGAUUCUUUCAUUUGGCAGAUACUUUCCUUUCCUCCACUCACCUUCCAUCUUAUUUGGUUGCUGCUUUUGCCAAACGUCUGUCCAGAUUAAGUCUACAUGCACCUGCCUCUGCUGUACACAUUGCUAUUCCAUUUAUUUUUAACUUAAUUGCUAGACAUCCAUCUUUAGAGGUCAUGAUUGGUAGAACUGACUUGCCAAGUGAACUAACCAGUGAUCCAUAUAUACCAGAUGAGAAGGAGCCAGCUAGUUGUAAAGCUUUAGACAGUUGUCUCUGGGAGUUGCAGACACUGGAACAUCAUUAUGAUCCAAGCAUAUCCCAGAAGGCCCAGAAAAGGAAGGUGGCUGAACAAGAUUUAUCUUCAAUUUUAGAGACAACAACAAGUGAUAUAAUAUCAAGUUAUGCAAAAAAGAUUAAAAAAGACACUAUUCCACUGAACUUUGUGAAGAUUAAUGGAUUAACUUUAGCUGGGAAUUUUGUAUUAUAGAAACAAAUAAAUGUUUAUUCACGUUUA